AUGUCGUCGUAUCCAAAGGUUACCAUAAAGUAUUGCUCCAAGUGCAAGUGGCACAACCGUGCCGUAUGGUACCUCCAAGAGCUUCUCCAGACGUUUGAAGGCAAACUCAACGAAAUCUCGCUCCAGCCAGUGGUGGACCAGCCAGGCACUUUCCAGGUGACGCUCUCCAAGAGUCCCCACGAAGAAGAGAUCAUCUACAAGAGACGGUUCAAAAAUCGCGAUUUGGCCCUCAAGUAUGGUGACAAGGACGGACUGCAGUCGGAAAGCUACUACUACGACGGGUUUCCCGACUCCAAGAUGCUCAAAGUGUUGGUCCGGGACCGGUUGGAGGGAAAGGUCGAGUUGGGACACAUCGAUAAGUACGACACCUCGUUUUUGGCCAGCGAGACAAACGAGUGCAAGUCGUGCCAGGAGGCUGCAUGA